CCUUUUCUUCUACAGACUGAAGCAUGCCAUCCCCAGGAGUAAAGGGUACACGGGAGCGGGCCAAAAAGAGUGCACCAGUAGCUGGAGCUGGUGAGAAACGCAGGAAGGACCCGCAGGCAACAGAGCCCCCGAAGCCAGGCUGGACCUUGAGUCAGGAGAGGCUGGCGGCCAUGACCCCCACAGAGCGCCGCCGCCACCUGCUCUUUGGAGACCUGCUCGACGACGCAGGCGCGGCCGCCUCCAUCUUUCCACGCGAGUCUGUGGACAUACCCUACUCCAUGCCCGACCCGCGCACCUGGACGCAAGCAUCCGAACUACCCGCUGAGCGUCAGAAUCGGCUUCUGGGCGUCCUCAAGGCCGCAGAGGCCCGUGGCCGAGUCCGCGCCCUGAGGUUGCGCUACACGCGAAUGCGGGCAGAGGAAAUAGCUCUCCUGAUCCAGAGGCAGGGCUCAGCGCGCGCCGCCAUUCGGCUGGAACUGUUCCUACCACCCCAACUGAAGCCCACGAAAAUCCCCGAUCCUCUGGACCGACAGGAGGUGCGGACAAACCCGGAGACGGGUGAGAGGGCCCCCGUGCCUCGCCACACACUGACACCAGCCCAUUUCUCUACAGCGGAGGCGUGUUGAGACAAUCCUGGAAGAGGCGGUAGAUGGCAGCAUCUUCCCGCGAUGACGGUGACCCUGGCCUACAGAGCCCCAGGAUUACAAGGGCUCUCCACCCUCUAACAUAAAGUUCUCAUCGAGGGUUCUCGGGUCUUUCCCUUCUUUUCCCCCUGGACUCCAGGAGGGAAGGGCAAGCUUAGAUGCCACCUCCCACAGCCACAGUGUCAGUGAUGGCUCUUCAAAGUAAGGAGAUGUUAAGAUAAUCCUAUCUCCCAAUCGCCUGCCCCCAUCAGGCAACCAGUGCCCUUCAGGACCAUAGAGGUAAUGGGGAGGGGAGGUACCAAUGUGGGAAAGGAUAUGGGUGAGCCUGCCUUGACAACAGCACCCCCAGAAAUCAGGGUUGUCUUCAAAGUUGGAUCAUUCCACCUGAGGGCUGGGGUGGCAUUCGGGGAGGGAGAAUGACGGCAAAGCCAAAGCUGGCCUUUGGAGAGUCCAGUUAGUUAUGCCCAGAGGACCAACAGAUUGUGAAUGGGGCGCUCCUCGCCAAGGUCCCUGGAUGGUGGACAGAAAGCUCACCCACAGCCUCCCUCUCGUCAGAAACAGCCUCCUGUGCCCACUUGUCCACCAAACAUGGAACACAGGAAGGAAGCCACCCAUCCCAUUCCGAUCACUGAUCACUAGACUCUGAAAAGCCCCUGGUUUCUGAGCAGCUCUUCUUCCUCUUCUCCACAGUAUGGGCUCUUUGCAGAACCUGUGGUGCCUUGGCCCCUUGGCCUUGUCCUCCAUCCCAGCCUCUACCCAGCAGGUUGAAGAGAGGUGGGAGCUGUGAGGAGGUAGACAGCUCCCUGUCCCUGCAUGGAGGCUCCCACUGGCUCUGUAUGAAACAGAGAACAGAAGGGAAGGAGGAAAAAGAGAUCAAAACUGUGGUCCACUCACUGAG